AUGACGAAAACGCACGAGACAUCGCAGCUCCCCAUCCUCAUCAUCGGGGCCGGGCUUUCAGGCCUCACUACCGCCCGCCUGCUUACGAACAGCGGCAUCCCAAACAUAGUAUUCGAAGCUUCCAGCCCAGACCGCAGCCAGGGAUUCGCAAUCAGUCUUCGAGAAUGGGGGUAUGAGGCCUUGCUGUCCGCACUAGGGGGGCUGCCACUGAGGAGUCUGCUUCGGGGCGCAGCGCCGGAUCGCGAAGUUGGCGGACAGGGCUGGAUUGACCAGAUUAUGUGGGACAAUGGUACGGGCGACAAACUGUUUGUGCCAGACGAGGCGACAAAGCAGGAGAUUGUGCGCGUGAACAGGAAUGCGCUGCGCAGGUGGAUCAGCGACAGCGGCGAGGAGGAGCUGGAUGUGCGUCAUGGGCAUCGACUCAAAACUGUCACUGGUCGACUGGGCGAUGUGACCGUGGUCUUUGAGAAUGGGGCAUCGUAUCGAGGGGCCAUGGUGGUUGCUGCCGAUGGAGUAAAUUCGACUGUCCGAGCGCAAAUUCUCCCCAACGUCGUGCCCGAGACGGUCCCAGCGAUUCUUUACCACGGCGAGUGGCAGCUCCCCAGGGCCGACUUUGACCGGCUGUUUCGACCGCUGUGCGGAAACUCCAACAUCCUCGCGGGCAUUGGCGACGGCUUCAACGCCCCGUUCGCCGUGUGCAAUAUGACAAGGAAUGUGAUUCAUAUGGACUGGUCGUACUCGCGCCCUGUGUCUGCUUCCAGCGACCAGGACACGCUGUACCGGCCGAAUCUUUCGGCCACGGAGGCGAAACAAGCUCCCCCAGCGCUACUCGACGAGCUAGAGUCGCGCCAGCUUGCUGAGCCGUGGAGCCUUUUCCUCAAUCGAGAAGCCAUCGAGGGCCACCGCGUGUUCCACUGGACUGUCCGAUGUGUGCAUGUGACGCGUGCUGAGAUGCAGCAUGCUGCUGAGCAAGGGGUCGUCUUCGUGGGCGACUCAUGGCAUGCGAUGCCCAUCUUCGGUGGGGAAGGGGGCAACCAUGCCAUUGUCGACGGCGUCGAGCUUGCGGCUGCGAUGGCGGAUCGCCCUAGGUCGGAUAUCGAUUCUGCGAUUGAUAUUUACUACAAUCAAGCGUGGAAGCGAUCGCAGGACGCCGUUCGGCGGUCUAAACAGCGAUUCUAUGCACUGCACCAGCCGAUGGCUCACUGGAGGGAGAUUCGUCGAAAGAGGGAAUCUGCCACUUGA